UUAGAUGCCACUUAAACGACAUUCAUUUGUAAUCUAGGUACCUACGUAUUUGAAAUAUGGCUCAAAUUUGCUGUUUAAUGUAUUUAAAAGUUAUACAUAGGUACCUAUAAUAGGUUUUUUACCCUUUCUUCUUGAUAACAUUUUGUCAGUAAAUAAAGAGUUUUUAUGUAUUAAGAAACAGACUAGAACACAGCUUGGAUGUUAGGUCAACAUUGUAAUCAUAAAUGUGUUCAGUGCUACACACUCAUCUGAAGUAUACGAAUAAGGAUUGAAGAAAUUUUGAAAUAAAGAUAACUACUGCAACGAUUCAAACAUGUCUUCGCAAUGCGCUAGAAAAAAACCAAACAAAAAAUACAGACAAAGAUUAUUCAUAGGAGAAGGCGACUUCAGCUACGUCGAAGCUCUGCUCAAUAAACACAUCGACAAGCACAAACCAUUAGCCCAAGCCAUCGUAGCCACUGAACUAACAACCGUACCAGAAUUGGACGUAGAACCAGAAAUAAUGGAAGAAAGAGCGAAAAGAAUCGAAUCCUUACGUGAAAGAGGUGUAAAAAUACUUUUCGGCAUCGACGGUACGAAACUGCAUGAAAAUCCGAUAUUCAAAGGCGAAAGAUUCAAACGAGUACAUUGGAAUUGCCCUUGGCGCGUAUCCACCGUCAGCGAAAGAGAUUUUGUCCAAGUGAUCGUCGAGUUUUUCGAAUCUUGCGGUAAAAUACAACUAAAAGGUGAUCGAAUUCAUGUUACGUUAACUCAAGGUUUAAUAGAUGACGAUUGGCAUUAUCUACGACAAUACGAACAUAAUCUUGUGAAAGCUUCGGUACGAGCUGGAUACAAAUUGAUCAGAAAAAGACGUUCUGGAAGGCCACGAUAUCCUGGAUACAAACAUAGAAAAGGAGAUGAUUUAGUAGAACUUUAUUUACCGGCGCAGCACAGGGAAUUUGUGUUCGAAAAAGAUCCGAGUUGCCCGAGUCUUAAAACGGAAACAGAAAUUCUAGAAUCGCUGCCAAUAAAGAUAACGAAUAGUGAGAAAACGUACUGUAUUGAUAUUAAUAAGAAAAAUGUUACGGAUAAGUCGAAAAUAACCCUCGAAGAGUGUUAUUUUGUAUGCAGCACUGAUGAUGACUCUUCUGAUUAUUGCUCUUCGGACGAGUGAUUAAAAAUCGUUUUAGGCAAAAGUCGUUUCGAUGGUAUCAUUUUUUUUCAUUUUUUUUUUUUUCAAUAAACUAGGUACAGGUAGGGUAGGUAGGUAUAGAGCAAUACCAUAGUUCUUAAGAAUAUUAUAAUAUCUGGAAAUAAAAUGUUAUGAAUAAAUCGGUUAUUUAAGUA